AUGGAGAUCCUCCCACCCGACUCCCGUCCACAGCAUGAGGAGGUGGAAUGGAAGCUCUCUCCAAUUAUGAGGGUGGCUUUGAAAGCCGUCUUCAGCGACACAGUGGAGGAGUUCUCGAUGAUACAUAAAGCCGCCUCUUGUGGUGCCUCUGUGCUUCAAACCCUCCCUGAAGGGGAGGAGGGUGUGGAAAAGAAUAGUGACACCUUGAUAAAAGAGUUAAAUAGAAUAUUUUUUGAGACUCUGGUCCGUUUUGAACGGUGUCGUCAGGAGGACUACAUCGCGUUGCCAGAUGGAUCAUUUCGUAAACUCAAUGAGGAGGAGAGCAAUUUACGAACCUUUUUGGAGGAGGUUAAAAGGGUGAUAGAUAUUUUUCAAAUACUUGAGAGGGAGAUUGAUGUCUGGGGCACCUUCAAGUCUCUACGAAUGCAUUGCGAUGAUAAACAGGCGAUAGUGGAUAUGCCCCUAGAUUUGGCUAAAACUAUUAUGGAUAAGGAUCAGAUGAUAAAGUUUAUGCAUGAAAAGAUCCACCAAAUAGAGAAGCAUUUUGAAAAUCAGAGGCUGCUUUACGAUGAGGUAAUUAGGCGGCUAAAACAUGAAUGGCAAGAGGCUCGUCAAUUGUCACUGAUGUCUUACAAGUACCUCAAGGCCUCUUACAGACAAAGAGCCGAUCACUACAGCAUCAUAUGUGAUGAGGAGACCAGAGCCCUGAGUGAUAGUGCGCAGAACUUUAGACAGCGUCUUAACACUGAAAAACGCUUAAUUAAUGAGACCUCCAGUUCCCUGUUCGGUGAACUCGAUCUACAGGCCAAUCAUUUGAAGUAUCUUCAAGGCCUAACCAGGGUUGAAGAUCUGUCCUCCGAGUUAGAUGCUUUGACAGCUAGUCUGGAGAAGUUGCGUAAGGACCACGAGAACCUCAAACUCGAGUACGCUCAAUGUGAACAAGUGGUUUUGGAUCACAAAACCGCAGAAGAGAAAAGAAGGUUGGAGGAGGAAAAUAAUCAAAAAACUUUGGUGGCUAUUUUUCAGGUGCAAGCUUGGUGGCGAGCCAUCAUGGUAAUGCAAGGUAUUAAGGCAAAAUCCAAACGGCGGGGAGGAAAGCAAAAAAAAGGAAAGAAGGCGUAG